AUGGCAGCCAACAACAUGGACACGAUCUUGCAAACCGUUCAGGACAUCAUCGGGUACCGAUUUAGAGAGCAGCUGAUCUUAUGGGAGGCAAUGCAAGCCGCUGGGUCCAACGUACGCUCCGCAGGUGAUCGGGUAUUUGUGGAUGGCAACAAGAGACUUGCCGUAAUCGGGGACACAGUGCUCCAACUUGUCCUUGCUGAGAGAUGGUACAGUGGCGGGAGUGUCAGAGGUGUUGUUGUCGGCGUGUGCACAAGCUUGUAG